GCCAAAUAACGGGUAUCAUCCGUCUAACAUCUGAUGGUUCUAGCUAUUAUCUUUCUCUUAGCUCAGUUGACCAACAAAAAUUUAACAAACAAAUGGCCACCGACCUCUCUUAUAUAAUUCCUGUUGAUGUCAACAGAAUUACACCUAUAAACGGAUUCGAAAAAGACAUAUCCACAGGGACCUUGCAAAUAUUACUUUUUUUUAACAUUAAGGAUACCACAGAUUUAUCAAGGAAGAGUGCAUAUAAUAUAUCUCAAGAUUUCAACACAUUGUUGAAAUAUAAGAAAUAUAAUGCUUUAAUGAACUAUAAUACGACAUCAUUAAUUGAUGAGAAUUAUCCUAUGACUAUUGCCCCAUUUUUGAGAGAAUAUUUGGUGUUGAUCAUAAUUAUCAUUGCUGCGUUAGUGGUCUUGGUCAUAUUAUAUCUUUUGGCUUCGUGGAAAUUCAAAAAGGCUGAUAAUUUUGCAAUAUUCAAAACGAUUAUUAUUGUUGUUGAUUUGGGAUUACGAAUUUUAUUUGUCAUUAAUGAUGUUCAUAAAGUUCCGGAGUUAUGGUGGCCAAGUUUGAUAAUUCUUGUAAUUUCAACUUCUAUAAACAUAGUAUCAUCAUUCUUGAUUAUUGUUCAUGAAAUUGCGGGACACAUUGAAGCAUUGUAUGCUUUGUCUUCAAGAUUUGGAACGUUGAAAAUAUUCAGCACAACUUUCUCAAAAACUGCUGAAAAUACAAUAUUUUGGGUUGGAAUAUUAGGUUUGAUUUUUGGUAUUCCACAAUUCAUAAUUCAGAUAUUAUUUAGAUUAAGAACAAUAUCUUUCAAUAUUAUUCCACAAUUAGCCUUAGUAUCUAAUGCAACCAUAAUAGCAUAUAACAUUCUUUCAGGGAUUUAUAAAGUGCAAGUUUGA